ACACUUUACAGCAUUUUAUCAGCUGCAAAACUAAUUCAGCUACUCGAGUCUCGAAUUAAAAUCAGUGAAGAUGGACGUCAUUGUCUCCGUGUCGUUCUUUCAAGACGAGCUCGCCUCUACCAUCGAGCACGCAGUGAAAGCGGCUGUAGACACCGUCUUGUGCGAAAUCACAAAAGUUGUCGGCGGCAAAUUCACUGAAUUCCGAAUGGAAAUGGCUGGAAAGGAGAAAGAGAAUGAAAGUCUGAAGCUGAGAUUGGAAAUAUCAGAGAGCGAGUUGAAAGCAGUGCGGGAAUGCAUGAACGCUGCAGAUGCAGACAUUAAACAACCUCUCAGAAUCAUGAACCCCGACUGGAAAGAACAAGACUUUCAGAGGAACGAGAACCAGGGAUUAUUUCAAGAUCCCAAAGAGAGCCAUGCUGUCCCUGAAUCUGAAGCACAGGAGGGGCCAAGGAUAGAAGCAGUUUGCACACUAGAGGAACGUCUAAAGCAGGUUACAGAGCUGACAUGCGUUAAAGAUGAAGAGGUCCCUCGACUGGAGUGUGUUCCUAUUAAAGAGGAAUUCAUAGAACAGGAAUGUGUCCCCAUCGCAGAGGGAGUUCCUACUGAAAAUAAUGUCUGUACACUUGAGGAGAACAACACGCUGGUGUCAAGUCUGUAUGAUGAUUUUCCACCUGAAUGUGAACUGGGAUUUAGAGGUAAUCGUACAAUACAAGAAAUCUAUCGCUUCCAGCAGGUUCAGAAUACAGCUGCACGAAUUCUGACAGGAAUGCACGCUCCACCAGACUACACUCCAGCGAGACAGCACACUGCUGCUAAAGGAAAACUUACAGGAGGGACUCCAUUUCCCUGUGCUGAUUGUGGGAAGAGAUUCAGUCGUUUAUCAGCCCUUAAAAGACACCAGCGCAUUCACACAGGAGAGAAACCUUAUCACUGCACUGUGUGUGGGAGGAGCUUCACGCGAUUAGAAAGUCUUCAAUCACACCAGCGCAUUCACACAGGAGAGAAGCCUUAUCACUGCUCUGAGUGUUGGAAGAGAUUCCGUUGUUUAUCAGACCUUAAAAUCCACCAGCGCAUUCACACAGGAGAGAAACCUUAUCACUGUGCUGAGUGUGGCAAGAGUUUCACAUAUUUGAAGUCCUUGAAAAUCCACCAGCGGGCUCACCAAGAUAAAUAUUAUCAAUGUAGUGAAUGUCUGAAGAGUUUCAGUCACUUAUCAAGCCUUAAAAGACACCAUAAAAUUCACACACGAGUGAAGCCCUACCCCUUUGCUGUCCCGUAUUCCUAAGCCUGGAUGAAUAAAUAUGAGACAGCCGAGCACGGGCUGGCUCUCAAGGUCGGAUGUUGUAAAAGGAAUAAUUCUGAUUAAGAGUGAAGCUGUUCUUUGUUCCAGUGAGUUGUACAGUCAGUCAGUAAGAAGAAGCGUGCUAUCAACACCUAGCAAGCAAAGUCACAGAAUGGGAAGAGCAGGCGUAACAUCUUAACUGCAACGCUGCCUCCAACAUUAAGCAAGAAAAGUCACGAAAGAGGAGAGCAACGGACAACAGCCUAACAUAUUAGCUCAUCGCCAUAUAACUUAAAUACAAAAAAGGACGUAAAGAGAACUGUACCAACUGGAUCGCCAUCGAAGAGAGGAAAGGCCAACAAACAUUGAACCAAUAGAUUAAUGAACUGAUUUGGUCUGCUGGCACUGGUCAAAUUUACAGCAAGAGAUUCCCAUCAGUCACUGAGCGAGACUUGGUGUUUCUGACCAGGAAUGCAGACAAUGUAAUAAUGUAUAAGCAAGGAGAGAGUUAUAAAGUAUAACAAGGUGUGGCCAUAAGUCGCUGUACUGAAUAGACUAGGGGCAAGUGUAAUAGCUGGUGGAGUCAAUUUAAUUUAACAUUUGGAAUUAAUAAGAACAAAUACAAUGGGUGUUCCAUUUAGGUGCCGUGGAUUCUAAUUAAGGGAUAUAAUAUAAUUAACACUAGCACUGCCAUAGCUGCUUUUUGAACAGCUUUUGCAAUUCAGAUUUAAAUAUCUCUGCGUAUGUGAAUAUCUCGUGCAUGUCUGUUCUCAAGUGUUACUAAAUAUUUUAAUUGAACACUUUUCAGGAUAUUGUUUUUUCUCCCUAUCUGUAAUAAACAAUUUGAUUGUAAUUAUUGGUUUGAUCUUUUCUUUCUUCAAAUUAAAAAAAAAAGAAGCUUUGUUGCUUAUAUGAAAAUGUAAGUUUGUUACUCCGGGUCCAUAAAAUAAAGAUGUAGAAAUUGAAUAAUAG